AUGCCCGUUGAAAUGACUCUACGCACGGCCUGGGAAAUCGUUCGAGAAGAUUUCCGACAAAUUUACUACCUCUCCAUCCCCAUUUUCUCACGCCCAUGUCUCAUUCUUCUUAAUAUCCUUGGCAAUUUGUUUAUAUUCGGACAAAUUGUGGUUCUCACAAUUAUGAUGUUGUUCAUGGUUCGAGUUAUUGUCGGUAAAAUGGGAUUCCCGGUUAAGAGAACAAUGCAGAAGAUUUACGCAGUCAUGGCUGUUGUUGCUAUCGCCCAAGUGUUCCUAUCAUCAUAUUUCAUUUUGCUUCAAGUUCAAGGCGUACUGGUUCUUCUUUUUGUUUCAACUGUUGGUAAGUUGUAA